AUGAAGCUUUUGACUUGGACAUUAGUCCUGUCUCAAUUGGUCAAUGCUCAACAGGGGAUACAGGAGGAAGAAGAUGCGUUGUAUUCUCGAGCUAUCAAGCUGAUGUCUGAAAGCCCUUUGAUAGACACGCACAUUGACCUCCCUCAAAUCAUUCGAGGCCUAGGCACACCACUUGAUGUCAUUCCUCAACUGGCAAGUAAACUGCCAGGCCAUGUCGAUAUACCGAGAAUGCGUGAAGGUCAUUUGGGAGGGGCUUUUUUCACAGUUUGGGCACCUUGCGCCAAUCAAGUAUUAAAUCAAGAGUACGGAGCGGAUUUCCUGGAAACAACAGAGGGAUUACGAGACUCACUCGAAGUGCUAGACAUAAUCAAGAAUAUGAUUAAACAGCAUCCUGAGCACAUGCAAGCCGCAUUCUCUUCCAAGGAGAUUAGGGCUGCCUUUGCCAAUGGCAAAAUCGCAUCCCUAAUAGGAAUGGAAGGGACUCACUUCCUUGGCAAUUCGCUCUCUACGGUCAGAUUAUACGCAGAGAUGGGGGUUAAAUACUUAACACUUACCCACACCUGUCAUAGCUCUUUCGCUGCUUCCAAUGGAUUUGGACCACCUCUCGAGAGCUCGAAUCAUGGGCCUGGUCUUACCGAAUUUGGGAAGGAACUUGUCCAAGAGCUCAACAGGCUAGGAGUGAUGAUUGAUCUAUCGCAUACAAGCGACCAAACCAUGAGAGAUGCUAUUGACUUGUCACUUGCACCUGUCAUUUGGACACAUGCAGGAGCCAGAGCUAUCCAGAACCAUCCACGCAAUGUCCCGGACGAUAUUCUACGCUUGAUCGGUGAUGGACCAGGACAAAAUCCAGGUAUAAUUCUUUCGGUGUUCUUCCCUCCGUUCAUCGGACCCAGUCCAGAGACUGCAAAUGUCUCUGGAGUAGCAGAUCACAUAGAGCACAUCGCUUCAAUUGUAGGAAGAGAUCACGUUGGCAUUGCCUCAGACUUCGAUGGGAUGUAUUCAAGUGUUAUAGGGCUGGAAGACGCCAGCAAGUAUCCCAAUCUUAUCGUCGAAUUACUACGUCGAGGCUGGAAUGAUACAGAAAUCAAUAAUGUCAUGGGUGAAAAUCUCAUGCGGGUUAUGGAUGAAGUCGAUAAAGUCAAGGAGGACAUGAAAGACAAAAUCCCGUCUACUGCGAUAUGGGAGAAGAGAACUGAUUUGCCGGCAGAUUGGGGUGGUCCUGAUCUAGUGUAUCUACCCUACGAUGUACAAGAUGUUGUCAACAGCAGGCCGAAGCACGACGAACUGUAA